AUGUACAAAACGUCUUUGUGCUCUUUCACACUUUUGUGCCUCCCUCUCGUUGGUGCCCAGUAUGGAGGAGGAGGUUCUAGCGAUACUACUACGACAAUUGCAAGCUCCACUGCAAGCUCAACAACGAGUGGUUCGGCUUCAAGUGCCACUCAAUCGGUUCGUGUUGGUGAAGAAGGCUUUGUUUUUAAUCCCGACACUAUCCACGUCCCUUCGGGAGGUGUAGUCGAGUUCCAUUUCUAUCCUGGCGAUCACUCGGUCGCCCAGGCCGCAUUCAACGACCCAUGCCAUCCCAUGAGCGAUACUAGCUUCUUCAGUGGAUUUAUGGCAUCUGCUAAUAAUGGGAAUCCUAUCUGGUCAUUGACCGUGAACGAUACAAAUCCGAUCUGGUUCUACUGCGGCCAAGUUGGACAUUGUCAAGCUGGCAUGGUCGGUGUGAUAAACCCGUCUGGCUCAGAUACGCUUGAUGCAUUCAAAUCGGCAGCGUCGACUGCAGAUGGUCAAAGUUUGCCAGCCACGGCCCAAGGCGGCAUUCUCGGUACACCAAGUGCUAGCCAGGCAACUGCGACCAGCAGCAGUGAGACCGCCACAAGCAGUUCAGCCGCUACCAGUAGUUCGGCUGCUACCAGCAGUACGUCUACUGCCAGCGGGACACAGACCAGCGCCGGUGCUUCCAGCCCUAGUGCCGCAAAUAUGGCAGACAACUUCCACGUUUCAACUAGUCUCAGCGUCAUCUCCAUUCUCUCUUUUACAAUGGCUAUGCUCCUGAUGUAG